UGAGAAUCACUUCAGUAAAAAAUAAAGCCAAUGGACACUUUUCGUCAUGGUCAUGGAAAGAAUGCUUCGAGGACACAUAUUGGCGAUUACUUUGUUUGUUCUUUACUAUUUGGUCAGAAAUGUGGAAUCGGUGAACCUUGCCCUUCGCCGCCCAGCGUUGCAGUUCGACACGAAAAAUGGCAUGGGUGCAUCAAAAGCAGUUGACGGUAAGCAGAAUUCAUGCACUCACACUAAAACUGAUGGAUGGAUUAGAAGGAAGGCGUAUCCUAACCGGCGGAACUGGUGGGCCGUCCAACUGAAUCAUAUUCAUGCGAUUCGACAGGUGAAAAUCACAAACAGAAAACGCCUGGCAAACUUCCUCAUCGCAGUAUCGAACUAUCCCCCACCACGAAAUAAAAGUCCCCUUCCGCUCAAGAGAAGGGGCUUGUUUAAGGUGUGCCACUUCCAGAAGGGUAGUGCUCCUCGAGGGACAACUACCUACAGUUGUCUCGCAGGCGCAGUUGGGCGAUACCUCUAUAUCAUCAAGGGGAGAAAAGAUGCCCUUACAUUGUGUGAAGUCGAAGUAAACGGAAAAAGAUGGACUACAACAACUACGACUACGACUACGACUACGACGACAAACAAAGCACCGCCAAGACCGAGAACAACAGGAAGAAAAACAACAACAACAAUGGCGGCGGCGCCAGCUGUAAGAACUACCGCUGUAACAAGAACAACCAUGAUCUCAACGAUGAAAAAAAUGACAAUGUGUUGCAAUUGCGAGUGUCCAGAGAACCCUAUCCCGCCUUGGCUGGUCGUCUCAGGGAUUGCUGCCGCAUCUCUCAUCCCGUUAUUCUCCAUCGUCAGCGCCAUACUCUGUGGCUCUCGAAAAGGUAUAACCAAAAACGCUUUGGAAAGUAGAGUAAUGGCACGAGCAACCACGAAAUCAAACGUCGUCACCCCGAAAUGGAAACCAGCAGACGUCUAUAGACAUCAGGAUGAUGCGUGGAUGGGAACAAGGGAACGGAUAAUUAGUCCCGCAGUUGAUAAACUGACUAUAUUUCAAUAGAAGACAGCAGUCCCUCUGCAGGUCACAACCAAGAGGUUCUCCCUCUUUUGAAAUCUUCAAUCUUUGAACUAUUCUGUGGGUUUCAGAGGUAGACAGUUAGUAGAACUACUUAACGGUAAUGUAGGCGGUACAAUGCAGAUCUAAUCUGAGUGGGUUAUUCAAAGGGUCUCAAAAUUUAAAAAUUGUUUGAAUACACCGCGAUAAGUGCAAGCAGAUCAAAGUUCCUAAUUCAUGAACGGGCCAUUUGAGACAGACUUACGGAAUUAUGUUAAACAUGAUAAAUAUUGUUUUGUUGUUAUCGAAAUUUGUACGAUUAACUGAAGACAUCAUGAAUAACAUCUGAAAAAGUGACAAAUGUAUUCAAAUGUUGUCACUGGCGUAUAUAUAAUGGUAAGCGUCCAAACUGGUAUUGACUCAACGCCUUUCAUUUGGGUUUAUAUUCCAAUUUUGCAUCAUUACAAAGGGAUACGGGCCGUAUGUUUCAUUGAUCGCAGUAUUGAAGGUGACAUUGGAAUGGCAUUUUAUAAGCAUAUUAUGAAAAAAACACGCCAACUAGGACCUCUCAUAUUGCUCUAACAAUGUUUUGCAGAUUUUUCCCCGGUUUUUAGAGUAUCCUUGAAAGAAUAUGAUCUCCAGUCGUGCCAAACUUUUGUCGCUUGUUGUUCUUAUUCUGUGCCUGAUCAAUUGGACGAGUGGCCAGGGAGCAAACAUAGCCCGGGGAAGACCAACCUACCAGUACGACACAACCAAUGGUGGACUAUCAUCAAGGGCUGUGGACGGGAACAGGAACGCCCACUGGCCUGGAAACUCGUGCACGCAUACAAGUGCCGACGCUUCCUUCUUCAGUGCAAGGCUGUACCCGAAUAGAAGAAACUGGUGGGCUGUACGAUUGAGUCAUGUGCAUUCCAUACACCAAGUGAAGAUCACCAAUCGUGCUGAUUGCUGUGGAUUCCGACUGAGCAAUUUCAAGAUCUAUGUGUCGAAUCACCCACCACCAACAAAUAGAAGACCCCUUCCAUUGCGAACGAGAGGCGUGUUUAAGUUGUGCUAUCACAUGAGGGGUGCGGCACCUACUGGUAGGACCAUGACGUACAGGUGUGCCCCUGGUGCCGUAGGACGAUACGUGUACAUUGUACAGGGCAGAAAAUAUGAUUUGACAUUGUGCGAAGUUGAGGUAUACGGAACUGGACGACCGACCACCACGACAUCAACAACAACGACCACGACUACGACAACCACGACUACAACUACGACGACAACAACAACGACUGUGAAGCCAACGUCUCCGCCACCACCCUGCUGUUAUUGUACUUGUCCAGAAGAGCCUAUCCCUCACUGGCUCGUCAUCGCGGGGAUUGCCGCAGCGUCACUCAUUCCGUUGUCGACUUUAGCCAGCCUCUUCGGAAAAAACAAGCCAGCCUCGCCAGUAGUGAGAAUGGCUAAGGCGGUUUCAGAAGCAAAACUCAACACAGUCGCCCCGAAAUGGAAGCCGGCGGACGUCUACAGACACCACGAAGACGCAUGGAUGGGAGCCCGGGAGCAAAUGAAUAGUCUCAUGGAGAAGAAGCAGACACCUAACAGAUCUAAAUGGACUUGUAGCGAUGUGUACAGGGAAGGGACAGUGGGGGAGAAACUGUUCAGUGGAGUCGAACAUGAUGUGGUUGCUCUACGCGCCAACCACAUGUAAACAUCAUCGAGCAAAGAGCAUCAUGGUAACGUCACUAGAUGCCAGCAAUGUCAGAAAAGUAAAGGCUAUUAUUCACUUUGGAAAUUCUGGAUGACUAAAGCCCAAUUUGCAAGUUGUAGUUUAUAGCACGAUGUAAGUUCGAUUUAGAUGCGAUAUGUAUCUCUUUGCCUGAAUAACCGACUCCUCCUAGAUGAAGUGUAGA